AUGGCUCCUGAGGCGCCUGAUCCUUCAAGCUUGAAGUCGUGGCAAGAUGCAUUUCAAUACCCGAUUCCAACGGUCCGCCGCGUGGAACAGGAGCUGCGCCGGGACAUCUCGAGCAAUAAGGAGAAGCUCCGAGCUCUCGUGGGGACGCGAUAUCGUGACUUAGUGGGAACUGCUGAGACGAUUGUGGCUAUGAACCGAGACAUUCAAGACGUGGAAUCCAUUCUGGCCGAUGUUGGACGCCGGUGCAACCCCCGACUUAUAGAAAGGAAGCAUGUUCAUGUCCAGCAAAUAAAGACGGGUGAUGCUGAGAAAGACGCAGCGAAGCACGCAUUUGGAGCGCAGCUUUCUCUCCUUCACCGCUGUACAACGUCUAUCAGCCGGCUUUUGCGGCGUCGCAGCUCGCUCCUGUUGGUUGCGAAGAUUCUAGUUGUUUCCCGAUUACUGCAUAAUACAUUAUCGAAACAUGAAUCACUACCCCCAUUCCUUGAUGAUCUCUGGAAUCAGCUAGCGUCCCUCCGGCAAACACUUUUCAAACGGAUUAAUAAACGUCUUGUCUCUACAAGCGCUACAGAAGACACUAUCAUUGAAUCAUUGGCGGCCUAUUGCCUUGCAACGAGCUCUUCUUCUGACGAUGCGAUCCAUCAUUUUCACAGAGUGCGCUUGGACAUUAUUGUUAGCCAGUUGGAUGUGUCUCGUGAGAACAUUCCUAGAGCCCUCCAGCUGUUUGUUCGGACACUCCAGGCCUCAAAGGUCUUGCAUUCCCAUCGGUUCUCAGAUGUGCUCCUGAAACUUAAAGCUCGACCCCUCCUGGCCGACCCAGAUAUUGAGAGUCUAGAUGGCCUGGAGGUUGAAGUUCUUGGCCGCUGGGUAGUUCCGGAUGUGAAAAACUUCACUCCCUGGAUAAAGCUCAGCGAAUUAAACAGAACACAGGGCGUGGAAUCAAUCAAGGAAUGGUCGCUUCAGGCUUUCAAUAAAUUCUCCAAAGGCUGCCAAAAGAGCCUGGCCCACAGUACCGAUUUCACCGAGCUCCUCUCGCUCCGUACAGAGACUCUGGAAUUGUGGCUAACAUCCUGGGGCUCCACUGUCAUUCACGGCUCAGUGGAUGUUCUCACAAGUCUUCGAAAUAUCUUCAAUGACCAGCUUGCCAGAGUCCUGAACGUGCAAGCACAAAGCCUAGGUGAAGUUGGUGCUCAGGUUUCAUCUAUAUUAUCAGAUUGGGAGAACACCGACCACAACUCCGUCGGAUCUCUGUGGGAUGCCGAUCUCAUUACCGCAGAAUACACGAAUGGCGCACAGGUAUUCAAACAGACCGUCGCGGACAGAUUAUUGGGUCGUGACGAAGACGUCUCUACCGUCCUGACGAAGUAUCAAGCAUGGCUGGCGUCAAUCCAACAAGUCAACGAAUCCAUCGACUCUCUACGCCGCACGCGAUGGACCGACAUUCUCGUCGGAGGUGAAGUCGAAGAUGAAGAUAUCGACAUCACACCUCGACUCAACGAAGACGACCCCCGACACCUAUCCGAUUCUCUCCACUUUGCUGUCCACGAGGCAUUCGGCAGUUUCCAGACAUCCUUCAGCAGCGCGUUCAACUCGUUCAACUCCUCGCAUUCCAGCGAAAAAGCUGCUUUCCUACUGAGACUUAUACGACUCGUCCGGCGAGAUAUCCCCGCCGGCUUUGUAUCUGGAGACUUUGCCUUCUCGAGCGAAAUCGUCCCUGGUCUACAAAAGUUGCUUGCAACAGAAGUGGUCGCCAAGACUGGCUCGCUGAGCUUGAUCCCGUCCUCAAACACCAACCCCCAAACAGCCAAGAUCAAGACCGUGCCUGGCCGCUCACUCUGGGAAGGCGAGCCUGCCAUACCGGUCCAGCCCUCGGCUUUGAGCUUCAAGCUCUUGCGCCGUCUCACUUCUUUCAUGGACAGCUGCGGAUUGGACCUGUGGGAUCCGUCCACAGUGCAGGCGUUGAAGCAGGAGUUGAAAACGAAACUCGAGGCGGCUAUCUCAUCUGCUUUGGAUGACCUCGACAGCGAAGAUGUUCCUAGUAACGCUGAAAAUGAGGAUGGCCAAGCCACUGCCAACGGAGACAAGGAUAAGGAAGAUAAGACUCCGGGGAAAUCAGAGACCCAAAGCCCUGAUCCGGAGCAAGCCGAGGGCCUGCACGACUGGAAGGUUCAGCUCUUCUUCGACUCUCUGUAUCUGUCGCAAAUGCUAGGCGAGCGAAAUCAGCUGGCUGGUGUCAUCGAGCGUGCCCAGAAGAGCGCUGGCUCCAGUGCGGAGAAUGUCAAGACUAUCAAGAAGCUUGCAACUGGGUAUUGGACUCGGACAGAGCUGCUGUUUGGUCUCUUGGCAGGACACUGA